AUGUCUGCGGUGGAGCAGCUGCUGCCGGGCGGCGGGAUGAGGGCGAAGCGGCGGCGGGCGGCACGGGCUGCGCGGGUGGCCGACGAGGUCCGUGUCGGCCCGGCGGUAUCGGCGCCGACGGCCGAGGCAUGGGUGCCGGACAGCCGGCUGGUGGCACUAUCGGAGCGGGCGACGGCGACGACAGAGCUGGUACUGAAGCGGCUAGAGGUGGAGGAGCAGGUGCUCUUUGCUAACGGGCCGAUCUUGCCUGCGCUGCUGGUCCUUGUCCCUGCGCUCGGCGCGCUCGUCCUCGCCGUCCUUGCAUCCGUCCUCGCCUCGCUCUCGCUGCUGUGGCCGGCUGUCGGCUUUGGCGUCGUCUGCAGCAUCUGGGUAUGGGGUUGGGCAAGAGUGCUCCUCAAGAUGCAUCGCACGGCGUACGUGCUGACGUCUGGCCGGAUCAUGGCGGUGGCGGCGGGCGUGCCGGGCUUGUUUGGCACCUCGGCCACUCUGAUCGGCUACGAAAAUGUGGUGCGGGUGCGGAUGACCCGUGCUGGGCACGUGGCGGUCGAAGUAGUGGGCAGCAAGAUGCUCAAGAUGCUGUGGCGGCAGCGCUCAGCUCGCUGGUGA